CUUUCGCUGGGUACGCUGCAGUCAUGGAGAAUGCAUUCCACUCUCGACCAAUGAGAAGCGGCGCCGUGCCCAUGUGUGUAUUGUUUAAACUGCUCAAAUCAACCGUGCGUUUCGAGAUUUAGAAAACUUCCAAAUUGAAUGAUGGCGGCCGCAGUGUCCGUUAGCGCAGCUGCCAGAGAAGAAAGCACAGAUAUAGGCACCAUCAACUCUGCCUCCCGUCCACUCCACGAGAGCUACGACGUCGACCAAGGAAACUGGAUGUCAAGAAAUCAGGAGCACGUAGAGCUUGAGCCCGGCGGGGAAGAUGCGGCGACAUCGUGGCACGACUGUCCGCGAAGAGUCGACGAAGAGUUGACAUCGUUGAACCCUGAAGAGAUCGAGAGUCGCCUCGAUAGGACCCGUCGAGAGUUUUAUAACCGCCGCAAAAUCACAAUCAAGAAUUUACCAUCAGAUAUUAGUAAUCAGGAGGUGCACGAGCUUUUGAGCAACUAUGAUCUCAAGUACUGCUUCGUGGACAAGUACAAGGGCACAGCCUUUGUCACGCUGCUCAACGGCGAGCAGGCGCAGCGGGCCAUCAAGGAGUUCCACCAGCACAUGCUACGCGACCGCGACCUCUCGGUGCAGCUGCAGCCCACGGAUGCGCUGCUGUGCAUCGCCAACCUGCCCCGGGCGCUCACGCAGCAGCAGUUCGAGGAGCUGGUGCGGCCCUUCGGCAACCUGGAGCGCUGCUUCCUGGUGUACAGCGGCGCCACGGGCCACUCCAAGGGCUACGGCUUCGUGGAGUACAUGAAGAAGGACUCGGCGGCGCGCGCCAAGUCGGAGCUGCUGGGAAAGCAGCUGGGCUCGCGCACGCUGUACGUCCACUGGACGGAGGUGGGCUCCCUCACGUACCCGCUGCUGCACUCGCGCUGCCUGUGCGUGGACCGCCUGCCCCCCAGCCUGAUGACCGCCCAGGACCUCCGCAACGCCCUGGCCGACGCCCACACGUCCAUCUUCUGCCAGCUCGCCCAGGGACAGGAUGUGAGCUUUCGGCGCUUUGCGGUCCUCGAGUUCUCCUCGGGGGAGAUGGCCGAGGAGGCACAGCGGCUGGCCGACGGGCGCCUGCUGGGCGGCUCGCACAUCCGGGUCUCCUUCUGUGCCCCCGGUCCACCGGGACGCAGCAUGCUGGCCGCCCUGAUCGCUGCCCAGACCAUGGCGGUGAACCGGGGUAAGGGGCUCCUGCCAGACCCCACCGCCAUGCAGAUCCUCACGGGCCUCAGUAACCCCGCCACGCUCAAGAUGCUGCUCAAUCCAAUGAGCCAGGGCCGUAAACAAGGUAUUCUCGGGAUGGGCCCGCCUCCCUCCAUGCUGCUGGCAAACCCGGCCCUCUCUGCUGCCCUCCUGCAGAUGCUCCUGCAGAACCAGGCUCAGGCUCAACAGCAAGCCUUUCUAGGAAAUCAUCUUCUCUGGGCUCAGGUGCUGCACAAUAAAGAGAACCGACUAGUGCCAUGUGCAGGACUCAUGGGGGACAGUCCUCUGGCGACGCUGCCUCUCCAGCAGGGCCUCCAUAUGCUCGGAGAGCUCCCACAAGAUGCCCUGGCCCCCCUGAAGCCCAUGUCUCUUAACCGAGGCCAGGGGAGGGAUCAAGAGUCUCCCACCGCGGCGGGCUCCUUCCCCCAGACGCCCUCCCCCACCCUCCAGGGCCUCUCCAUGUCCCACAUGGCCGGCAUGAUGGGAGCAGAAGGUCUCGCUCCACAAGGGCUGUCAAUACUAGGCGAGCCGCCGAAAGAAGUCCACCACGGCCAGGGAUCUUUCCUCAAUGGCCACAACAUGUAUUCAUCAGGAGCGAACUGCAGGCCUCACCCCUACAGGAAGAGGCAGACGUUAAGCAGCGCGUCCAACCAUCGCUCAAACCACGGCCUGCAUGGAAACUACAACCUGCGUUACCAGGAGUCCUACAGCCCAGAGUACCCUCCCUUACACCAGGAUCCUCUGGGCCAUCUGUACGAGCAGCAGGAGAACCUGGACGCCGGGGCGCUGGCAGGCUUCGGGCUGCAGCUGUCCUGUCCGCCCGAAUACGGCGAGCGCUCUGCCCACUACGGCUUCGCUCCCAGCCCGCCGCUCGCGCCCUACUUCAACUCGGCCCCCGGCGCGCCGGCCCGGAAUGGCCUCCCCUCCGCUCACCUGAACAAGGCCGUAGGAAUGCCCCCUAUGAGUAAUCCACUUGACUACCUGGGGAAUGCCAUGAAGACGCCCAUCGGCGGUCACAAGCGCAUGUUCUCGCGCCUCAUCCCGUCUCCGGAGCCCAGCCCUGAGGGGGGCUACGUGGGCCAGCACUCCCAGGGCCUGGGGGGCCACUACGCAGACUCUUACCUGAAACGCAAGCGCAUCUUCUGACCGGAGGCCUGGCUGUCUUUCCUGUGCUAGCCGCCGUCUCCACCUCCUCGGACCCGGCGCAGCGCCCCCAGCCACCAGCCGGGUGACCCCUCCACCCGGUUCCUUUUCUGUGUGCUCCCGCUGGCGACCCCUGGAGGGCGCUAGGGAGCGCGGCUUGUUUGCCAUCUGGACAGUUGCGUGCCAGCCUUAAGGGAGUUUUCUUUUUGAUGUAUUUUAUUUGACAAAUGUAUAUAUGAUUUCAGUGUGUUGGUAAAUUAUUUUUAUUAAUUGCCUUACUUUUUUGUGUGGCUUUUUUUUAAUUUCAGGUCUUUUUUUUAGUUUUUUUUGCCAGAUACUUUUUUGUAUUUUGUAAUGAAAUGGAGAGAAAAAAAAUGGUGAUGUUAACUUGGCUAGCUACCCCACCUUCCUCCUUAUCGAGUAUGACUUGUCAACAGGUUUAUCUCUAGUUCAUUUCCAUCUAUGGCCGUCACAGCUCCAUCAUGCUGCUACUUGGUGCUUUAAGGAUCUACAUGGGCUACUUGUAUUAUUCUUUUUACUUUACUGUGAUGCAUUCUUACGAAUUUUUAUUUGAGUCUCUACCACCCAAAGGACGUGUGGAUGGCAGCUUUGCUUGUGCCAUGGUUAUUCCUCACAGUUGUUUUUGAUAGACUUUUCUGUGUGUAAAAAGUUCAGUCUUUUUAAUAUUUUUUCUGCAUUAGGUGUUCUUAGAUUCCUUCCAAUUUCAUCCCACCGGUUUGGCUCUUUGUUUACAUAGCUGGACACGAUUCAGGCCCCUCUACUGACGCUCAUCGAGCUUUCCGCCCGUCUGUACAGACGUCUGACGUCAACCCCCCCCCCCCCCCCCCCCCCCCCCCCCGCCGACUUUGUAUUUACGAACCCAGGAAACCCUCCGUCUCAGCCCCGGACCCUUCCACAUGGUUAUGUCUUUGAACUGCACUUCUGUUUUCCUCUGCACUAGUUUGAGUGAAGCACUCUUCCCGGUGAUUCCCUCUCGACGUAUGCCCUGAAAUGGAGUGGUUACUUGUUGGUGUGAUGGUAUUUUUCUUUUGACCCCCUCUUGUUUGUAUUUAGUAUUAUAUUCUCCCCCCCCCCCCCCCCUCUGCUGACUUUCAGAUGGCUUUCCGGUAUAUUCCUGACCCCUCACCCCCCCCCCCCCAUUUCCCUUUUUCUUUUUUCUGGAGUUAAAGUAUGGAAAGUCCCUAUCUAGCGACUCCGUGGGACAUGGUGGGGACCGCCGAAGUAGGCCGUUAACCACGUAUGCUACCACUAGCUUUUAAGUUUCAAGUCUGUGAAUAAUGGAUGCUGGGCAGCGGGGGAUAUGUCUGUAUGUUUGGGUGUGUGUGUCUGUGGAGCCUUGGUGGACUGUUUUGAUUGUAUUAACCCAUUACCUCUGACCUCGUAUGGGCCUGUAGGUCUACCUGAGCCUAGAAGUGUGUCUGUGCCCACAAGAGGCCCCGUGAUCGUUUCCGGCUACACUUGGUUUCUGUGUUCAUUGCCGUGUUAAUACUUAAGCUUGAUCAUUUUUUCCUUGGAGUCCCGAACUCUUGUUUUCUUCAGCUAAAUCAGCCUUUGGUCCGGUUAUUUUUUUAUUUUUCAGAGUGAGUGGGCUUAACAUGUUUUUGUUUUGUCUGUAAAUUUUGAACGGCUAGAUCGCCAUGAAUGAUUUGAGCCAGGGGCCUUAUGUUAACUGCACCAAGUGAUGCUGCUGUUCUGUAAUAAUUUCUGGUUUUCUUUGGUCUUUCCAUUUGCAAGUGCUUUCAUAUGUAUGGUAAUGGUUGUUUAUAUGUGCGUGUGUGUGAUGUGAGAAAUUAAAUGUUAUUUAAAACAGCUUAA